AUGCCUUAUCUUUCUGAAGAACUUUAUCAACGUUUACCUAAACCAAAUAAUGGACAAAAUUCAUCACCUAGUCUUUGUAUUACACCAUAUCCACAAUCAAGUGAAUUUAAUCAAUAUCAUAAUAAAACUAUUGAAAAAGAUGUUGCAACUAUUACUGAUGCUAUUGAUAAAAUUAAUUCACAUUAUUCAACACCUGGAGUUCCUCGUCAUGAACCAGUUACUCUUUAUAUCAAAUCUUCAUCAUCGAUAUCGACACUUUUUAAGGAAUAUUUUGAACUGAUUAAAUCACUUACUAAUAUUGACAAUAUUCAAAUACUUAAUGAUGAACCAACAGUUGAUCAAAAAGAAUAUAUACAUAUUGCAACAACAUCAGAUUACAGACUUUUUUUUAAAUUGACUGAUGAUUUAGAAUAA